AUGGUGAAAUGGUGGCAGGUGGGGGGGUCUUCAAAUGCCGACAUCGCCGACGCCGCCGAUGUGGCCAGGGCCGUCCAACCCGCAGAGGCGACAUGGAGAGUACAAGAUGACUGGCCCUUCUUCGACUCGCGUCUCGUGGUGGAGACGUCCGCGCAGUUUGUUGCAGCCUCCUUUAGAAUUAGAGCCGGGCAGACAGACCUUCGAAGCCCGCGGAGUGAGUCCAAGGCCGGCUCCAAGCCUCAAGACGACGACGGCUUUCAGGCUGCCGUGCCGCCACAAGUGCAGCUACCGGCGCUCAAGAGCAACAGCAAAAGCGCAGCACCUCGCAAGAGGCCGGAGACGAGGGACUUCCGGCUCCGCCAUGCGGCCUGCUGUCAUGCUCAUCACUUCGUCGGCUUCGAGCGCCUGGCCACGGAGCUUGUCCCCAGGAGCCGAGACUUAAGAGAUCAGCUCAGGCAGACGCUUUGGUCUCUGUGUGUACUGCCUGGAAACCUGAAGUCCGCGGCGGAAGUGGAUCGAGAGCAGCUAGAUGAGCUGAUUGAAUCAGAGGUGGAGAGGUAUCUACGAUCUCGGUUGGUCAUCUGUCAGCUCACUGACGUUAUGACACAGGAUCUCAUCGCCAAGUACAACUCUGACUCUGACACAGAGGAGGAGGCCGGCGAAGAAGGAGCGGCGGGAGGAGGGGUGGAGGGAAAAGGGCUCUUCAACAUCGCCACGAUGGCCAAGAGCCGGGGCAAAGCCUGGAAGGACGCCCUCUUCGGCGAUGUGGGCGGCCGGAGGGGCCCGGCACCUGUUCAUCCACUGGGAGCCCCGGUGAACUUCUCCAAGAAUUCAUUGGCAAAGAGACUGCAGAUGAUGAGCAUCAACAGCCUUGCCGGCAAAGUCACCGGUGCGAUUGGCCAGGCCGCGGGCAGCGUAGCAGAUGCUGCAAGGCAGGCCGCCCGCAAUGAGCGGCGUCAGCGAGCGAAGGAGAAGGGCAUGAGACAGUUCGAACAUCGUUUCUUCCGUGCCUUCACCACUGGCCUUGGUCAAUCCCUUUUUGGUGAUCGCGAAGAUCUCGUGUUUCGCUUCGAAGUGGCAGCUCUCAACGUCUUGCAUACAUACCAGGGCGAGCUGCCUCUGGCGCUGCAUUCCUUGAUGGGUUGGCUCCCCGCACAUGUGUCGAACAGCCUCUUUGUGGUGGUUCUGGGUCUUCCUGCGCUUGUCGCCUCCAAGCAGACGCCAGACAAGUUCGGAAUGCUCCUGAACUGCGUCAACUGCAUUGCCAAUGGCAGCGGCCGCUACGUGUUUGUGAGCACUCCGAGCUGGUACCUGCCACUCUCUGCGCGCAUCGGCGGCCUUGGGCGGUUGCACGAGAUUCGGGAGCGAUCCCUCGCGCUCUGUGGUCGGCCCGUGACCAGCGUCCAGGCGGUUUGGCCGAGCCCUUGCGAGCCGCAGGAGGUUUUGGAGGCCGUGGAUGCCGUUUGGGGCGGCCGCCAGCCUGGAGUGCGGGCAGCCCUCGGUCUCUGCGGUGGGGUCGAGGCUAUGGGCGAGUGGGUGCUGCGCAUGACGAUGGGCUGCGAAGGGCUGCUGAUCCGUGCACUGGAGGUCCUCAAGAAUUUCGCACCGACGUGCGAGGCGGCGUACGACGAGCUUGCUGACGAGGGAAAGUUCCAGAGCCACGUGGAGGUGCCGGCUUCCCCGGUGCUUGCGCGGUGCAUGGCGGACGUGGCUGCGGAGUUGGUCGCCCACCGCGCGCGGAGGCGACGGCGACUGCAGGCCAGCGAUCUGGAAGUCGUGAAAGUGCGGUCGGCUGCAGAGAUUGCAUUCAAGAGGGGAGCUUCGCAGACCUGUCUGAAGAGGAGCCAGACGACGGCCGUGCAGGAGCCGGCCCCACCCGAGCCGAAAGAGCAUGGGACCAGGCGUGGGGAGAAACCGAACAUUCUGGCUCAACUGCAACGAGGUGACAUCAACAGCGACAGAGCGACGGCAGACGAACAUUCCCAGCACCUUCGCAGAUCAGUUCUGGUUGGAUCCAGCGGUGUGAGGCUGCCUGUGGGCGUUCCUGGGCGCAUGGGUGGCCGCAUCCCAAUUCACGAUUCUCCGAAAUUGAGGCCAGAUAUUGCCGCCCCCAUUGUGGAGGAUGUGAACCUGGACGAGGUGGCACCCUUGAUAGCAGCGACAGCAGCAACGAAGCUUCAGAGGACGAGAACUGCACCGCAGCUCAGGCACCCCAAGAGUUUUGCAGAGCAGCUUGCUGAGAUGGCAGCCCUCAGCAAGCGCUCGCAAAAGGACUUGAAGCGAAGAAGGGCCCGGUCUGCACCCGCACAAGUCGAUACGCAGGAUUUUGAUGCCGGCAACGUGAUGAAGAACACUGCCGUGGCGCUUGCCUUGCAGGACGAGCUGUCCAAAGUACUCUCCAUGGAGUGUUCGGAAGGUCCGCUGAACCUCUUUUGGAGGCAGGGGCGAGAUGAAGGAGAGUCCGCGGAGCUCAUUCGACUGCGCUUCAAUGUCGGAGCGCUCCUGUUGUUCGCUGCGCAGCGUUCAGCGCUGCCUCCCGGACUUGAACUGCCACUCAAGUAUUUUGCGGCCACCGAAACCAUUGGCAUCAAAGAGGAGAAACCUCCAGAGCCUCCUCCCGGCGGUGGGGAGACACCCGAUUUGGAGAAAAGCGGCGGAGGACAGCUCAACACCACAACCUUGGCAGAUGGGGCUUUUGCAAUGGGCUUCUCUGUCAUUUUCCACAGCAUGCCCAGCUCGCACUUCGCCCGCACAUCUCCUCUGGGUGCCGGUGCUUUCCAUGUGGGGCUGCCACAUGCCAUGCUGGAAGCACUUAGCGACGUGCUUACCCAGCGUUGUGUGGGGCCUCUUGGCGAGAACUUCACGGUCUGGACGAACGGAUCCCUCAUCGUGUUGCUGUCCGCAUAUCUCCUUCAGGAAGAGCAUGUGGCUUCGCGUCACUGGACGAGGCUGUCGGGAUGGUUGCAGCAGCAGCACUCUCUGUUCUUCUCGUCCAGCUGCUGCCUCCGCGUGCUGCUGGCCUUCGAGCUGCUGAUGCAUUACUACGCCAAGCGACCUGACGACAAGCUCGUCCGCUUGAAAGAGGUCCUUCCAUUCUUGUCGAGGGUCAUGUCGAAGGUGAAGGACUUGCCGGCAAAGCUUGACAUGUGCGCCGACUACUGCCAAAGGCCUUUACUCCAUGCUCCAAAGAUCGCGUCCGAGAUGCCCGGGUCGCCGAAGUUUGAUCCCCACUUCGCCGAAUGGGGAAAGGAAUUCGUGGCUGGCGGCUUGGCAGUAGACAUGGGUGUCCCGUUGAUGGACUUCGCGAAGUGGGUCGGGAACCUGAAGCCGGGGCGCAUCGUUUACUCCUCUCCCAAUGCCUGCCCGCAUUGGGAUCUGCUGCUUCGACUCAACUGGAGUGUGGUCAUCUUGUCCUUCGUUGUCUCGAAGCAUGAUGAGAUCAGCCCCGAGCAGCUUUUUCGCAGAUAUCGCCGCUCCGUGGGCGAAAAGUCUUGGUGGGGCAAGCGCGUGCGAACGAUCUCCUACAUCUUGGUCGGAGACCGCCUCGGCUUCGAACUUGAGAACCUCUUCGCCUCCACUUCGCAGAAGUGCGUUGAGAUUCCUGGUGGCUGCGCUGUGCCGGGAGGAACGGGUGAUCCAGGUGCUCCUGCGGGCCACUCGCGGCGCAAGGUCGAUUCUCUGCUUGACGAUGCUGUAGAUGAUGAGAUGGAGGACGAAGAGGAAGAGGAAGAAAUGCCAGAAGUCGAUCACACCGUGACCGCGAAUCCAGAUCUCCUCUGCAUUGAGGAAACGGAGAAGUGCGACUUCAUGGUGCGGCCCGACACCGAGAUAUUGCUGUGCAAGGCUCCCGAUUGUUUGGAGCGCCUUCUGGGGCCAAUGGCUGGGGCGGUCUUGGGCCAUCGAGCCAGCUUUGACCGAGAGAUCUCCCAGGAGGUCAGCGGCGACUUGCAGCGCGAGGUCGCGCGGCGGCGCGCGGAGCUGAACCGGGCGCGCUGGUCGCAGGACAAGGGCAAGCUGGCCGUCCGGCAGCCGCUACCGACAGCCAGCGACAGGCAACUGACCUUCAAUGCAGAGGCUCUGCGGAGCAUUCUGGACCACAUCGGCGCCCACACAAGCAAAAUGCUCCAGAUGGCCGAGGAGAUUGGGUCGGACUCUGAGGACAACUCCGCGCUGGGUUCAUGUGUCUCCUCGGUCGUGCCGCUGCCAGCGCUCGGACCCAUAAAGGUGCCAGACAGCGGUGACAGAGAAAAAGGUGAGGCCGACGAUACCAGCGAGUCCCGCUCCUCCUCGAGCUUGUCAUCGCAAACCGCAAGCUCCCUGUCACAGCAGUCGCAAUCGCUUUUGCUCAACCCUGCACUGGCCCUGGGUCAGCGGAGGCGGAGUUCAGUUGCGGAGGAGCAGGAGGAAGUUGAUAUCGAAGAGAACCCGCCUGCACGCCGACGAGCUAGCUUACACUGGGCAGAGCUGCGGCAAUCAGCGAAGAUCAUGCUCAUGGCCAGUCGAAUCCGAAAAGUGAGCCGGAUUGCCGCAGCUUUCGCGGUGCCCAAGACAGUGCCCGAGGAGGUCCUCCCAGACGUGGACCUUGAGAUGGAUGCACAAGCUGGCGAGGAGCCAGGAAGCGCUGGCAUUGCAUCAUUCCCUGUCGAGGAUGCUGCAGAGGUGGCCACUGCGGUUCAUUUCUCGGAAGACACGCAAGAACCCCAACGCACGGAUAAGCGCCAACUGUGGCGUCCCCCAACACCGCAUCCCAUUCAAUCGGCAGAGGCAGCACGGCGAACGAACCCAGCACUGCAACGUGCUUUCCAGGAGAGUUUGGAGGCGCCGAGGCAGCGCGUCCUGAAGUUCGACUGGCUAGGCUGGGAGGAACCGAAGAAGCUCUUUGAAACCGAUUUGCGGGCAGGGGCCGGUUGA